AUGAUGAAAGUCCAGGCCCAGAGUGUGUCUCCGGCCUCAGCAGGAUCCAAAAAAGGCAAAGACAAAGACAAGGGGAAAGUCAAGAAACCAAAAGAGAUCUCCCCCGAUGAGGACAAGCAGAAGUCUGUGGUCUCAGAGUUGCGUGCUCCUCUGACCCUCAGGGACUGGCUGUGUUUCCAGUGUCCAGUCCAGGCCAGACUGGUCUUCAGCAACAGCAGCAGCUCCAGAUGCCUCAGCACUCGCUCCGUCCCCAAACAGCCUCAGAGCCUGUUUUAUCUGGACCUUCUGGUGAAACAGCUCCAGUCGGUGUCUCUGCCUCACCUGAGUCUGCCCGUGUUACACUUGGCCGAGGUCAUCGCUCAUGAUCUUCUGAAGCGGAAAGCCCUCGCGGAACUUUAUAGACUCAGAAUCGUACAGACCUGCGGUGAGAUGGGAGCAGAGACACAUUCUCCGUAUCACGAGGAACUCCACAGUCUGACCAGAAUCAACGAGCAAGAACUCAUGGGGUGCAAACGAGAAAUACUCAUUUCCCAAGAGAGAAAAAGACUUCAUCAAACUUACAAACAGAAGAUCGGCCAUUGUCAUCUCCUGAGGAAGACUUUACACCCCACAUUUGUCAUUUGUGUUGCUGCCCUGAGGUCCAAAAUGAAUAUCCAUCAUGUUCCAGGACCGAUGAAAAUCUCUGCCAGAGGAAGACUCCAGUUCCUUCAACCUGGGCCCCUGAAGCGUGGCUGUCUGUGUGUGUGA